GCAUGGCGCAGGCGCAUGUGCCAGUAGCUUUCGGCUAAUUCACUAGCAGGACCAGUGCUUACCAAGUACUCGGUUUUGAACUAUAUUAACACGAUGGCAACUGGAGCCAAACGACCCAAGGUGGAUUACGGUUCAGAGAUGAAUCCGCUGCAGAACUUUCUACAGUGGUGCAACACAGUCGGCCUGAGACUCAGCCAUAAGGUGUGUGUGAGUAAAGAGGGAACAGUGGCAGAGUAUGGGAUGCUGGCUAAAGACAACAUAGAGGAGGGGGAGGUUUUAUUCACCAUCCCCAGAUCAGCUGUUCUCCACCAGGAAACAACCAAGGUUUCUGCCAUGCUGGAGAAAGAAAAGUCAUCUCUGGAGAGCUCGUCGGGCUGGGUCCCCCUGCUGCUGGCUCUGCUGUAUGAAUAUACAUCUUCACAGUCCCAAUGGAAACCCUACCUGUCUCUGUGGGCCAACUUCAAGACACUGGACCACCCCAUGUUCUGGUCUAAAGAGGAGAGGGACGGACUACUGAGGGGAACGGGUAUUCCAGAGGCUGUAGAGACAGACCUGGCGAACAUCCAGAGGGAAUACACAAACGUGGUUCUUCCCUUCAUCAGAAAGCACCCUGACCUCUGGAACCCUGGCACACACACACUGGAGCUCUACACACAGCUGGUGGCCUUUGUCAUGGCCUACAGUUUCCAAGAGCCACAGGAAGAGGCGGAUGAUGAUAAAGAUGACGAGGAGGAGGAGGAGGAGGAGGAGAAAACCCCAUACCAACUGAUGAUGGUUCCAAUGGCUGACAUGCUUAACCAUGUGUCUAAUCACAAUGCUAUUCUGGAGUUUACGCUGGACAGUUUGAAGAUGGUCUGCGUUCGCCCCAUUCAUAAGGGCGAGGAGGUGUUUAACACCUACGGGCAGCUGGCCAACUGGCAGCUGCUGCACAUGUACGGCUUCACGGAGCCACAUCAAAGCAACAGCAACGACACCGUUGACAUUCCCAUCAUCAACCUCUACAAAGUCGCAACACAAGGUGUUCAGUCUGAUCUGGCCCAGCAGCUGGUGGAGGAGAAGUGGGAGAUGCUGCUUGAGUUGAUGCAAGAGAAAGCAACCUUUGUGUUUGGCAAGCAGGGCUGCCUUACAGAUACAGAGCUGCAUUCUGUGCUCAAGGUGCUGUGCAUGUCAGAGGAGGAGUUCUCAGAGUUCAAAGACCACGAAGGAUGGGAGGAAGAUGAGGAAGAGGAGAUUUCCCUUGCUUUCUCUUACGAGGCUCUCCCUGGAUUAAAUGCUUCGUGGAAAUGGCUAAUUCAUGAAGCCGCCCGUCUGACUGCGAGUUCCUACGGAGACUGGGAGGAGGGAGGGUCUGCACCUGAGGGACUGAGCAGCCGGCAGCAGCGUGCCCUUCAGGUGCGCUGCGGACAGAGGAGCAUCCUGCACAGACUGAUGGAGCUCACCAAGUCAUGACUCUAGCAGUGAGGCUAGUCAUGAGGAAUUUCUUUUGAUAUCAAGAAGCACACCAAAAUGUCUCCUAAAAUACCCUGUCAAUAAAUAUUUUUUUUUAAGACAUA